GAAAGAAUAAGGAAUAUGACAUCACUUCCGCCUGUACUUCCUGGAGACACAACCCUCAGACGUCGACUUCAAAACGCUUCCGUAAAAUAUUCCACUCCGGUGCGUACUGCUACGUUUUCAGUGUACUAGGUAGUAUACGACGUUUUUGGAAAUAUUUUUCAACAUUUAUCUAAAUAGAAUGAAGGCCAAGGGAUUUGCAGUUACCCAUCACCUGUAAAGGUAAAGCGUUAGUUACCAGGUUACGGACAACUAACCUAGUUCUUUUACUCGCCAUUUUGAUAAGAGCUACGACCCGAAAUUAUUUUAAUAGCAGGUUAGGAGGGUAGUUUUGCUAUCCCUAAUUAUUUUUCAUAACCUUAACCAAAUUGUCCUAACCUGCUACAUUGAAUUUCAUUACCCGUUGCGUAAUACUUUGUACUAAUCUGCUACGAAAAAGUAACUUCCGGUCGUAACUGUAUCGAAGUGGCGCGAUGAGUGUUUCUCAUGGUUAGAUAACUACAUCUCCAAAUACGAUGUAGGCAUUUGGCUAGGUAAUUUAUAUAGUGGAAAUUACAUUAUCUGUCUAGUUCAUGUGGAGAGGAAUGUCAUCGGGGUGUUUUUGAUUACUUUUGUCUUUGUAGAGACAUUGGUGCAAAAUGGAUGUUGACGUUAAACUAGAGGAAGAUGAGAGGGAGAUAUCCCAUACAGUAAUUUGGUCUGAUUCGAUUAAUGCCUGGAUAGAUUACCCAAAUUCAACAUUGUCAGAAAACACAGAAACAGGUUACCAUGUGGGUUUACUGAAAGAGCAUUCACAUGUACCUCCCAUCAGUCCCCAAACAACAAGCCACGGGCAGAUUUUACGUCUUUUUCCUGAAAUGACCGGAGCAAGUGAUGGGGAGAACAGGGCUGUCAAAGUGGUUUAUUUCUGCAAAGAUCAAGAUACCAUCAGCACAUCUGAAGGGAAUUCAAUCAAAGAGCAGUCAUGGCAUUUAGCACCGUCCAGUGAUAUUCUGACAGGACAUGCAUCCACUUUCAGUGGUUAUUUUGAAGCUCAAAUCAACCCAACUUCACAGGUUUCUAGGCAAACACAGACCAAUAAUAAAUUGCCCUCUGACAAUGUUAAUAUCCCAAGCCCUAGUACUGCCAUUCAUUCUGUGCUAACCUCACCUGCUCCAGAAAAUGACUGUCAUUUAGCUGUAUCUACUAGGCCUAUUCUUCCAGAAUAUUGUGAGCCAUUGAACUUUCCCUCUGAUGAAGAGGAAGACAACGAUGCCAAUUUAAGUCAAAGACUACAAUGGCGGAAAACGUUAGAGGAUAAAUGGAUACAUCAGUGUCGUCGCAGUUACUCAAGACCCAACCUAAGAAAGUUUAUGAGAUAUUGGAAAGAUCCAUACAUCAAGUGCAAGGAAAUCGGUGUAGAUUUCGAUGUUGGAUCUGGAGCGAAACAGAAACUGAAUUUGCAUUUACUGACAGUUGGUGUAAUGCUUGAGGUGUCAGAAUAUGCUAGAAUCAUUAAUAGAUCUCGCCCUCGUGUCAUCUUUGAUAUUCUAGAUUACAACUUUGUUCUUGGUGUACAAAAUGAACAACAAUAUCACUUUUCAUACAGGGUAGAAAAGAAAUUAAAAGAAAUGAUGAAGAUGUAUUCUAAGAGAACACCUGAGUGGUUAACAGAAGUCUUUGACCUUCCUGAUCCAAAGACAGUUACAGUUUUGGAAUACUCCCUUAAAUGGGCACAGUUCUAUUUGCAAAACAGCUUGUCAAAUCCUACACCUUUUGACGUUUGCAUAAAGGAGGAGCCUGUUGUGGGCCUGAUCUCUCCUCUGCAUGUGAAGACUGAGAAGACUGAAGACUGA